AUGACGGAGAGGUGUAGUCUGUGGAGUGCCCUGUCGGCCGCGGCGUGCUGCUUCUACCGGGGCUCCUUCAUGCAGGUGCAGUUCUCAAAGGAGAAGUAUCUGCUCGAGUCCCCCCCUGAGAAACUUCGUAAGGAGCUGGAGGAGGAGCUGAAGCUGAGUCCUGCUGACCUCCGGAGCCAUGGCUGGUACCAUGGACACAUACCCCGAGAGGUGUCGGAGACUCUGCUGGUACGUAAUGGAGAUUUCCUGGUGCGUGACUCUCUGACCAACGUAGGGGACUACGUUUUGAGCUGUCGCUGGGACAAUGAGGUGCUCCACUUCAAGAUCAGCAAAGUCCUGGUUAAAUCCAGCGAGACCAAGGUGCAGUACAUGUUGGAGUCGGACAGCUUCGAUUCGGUCCAGGAGCUCAUCCGCUUCUAUGUGGGCCAGCGCAAACCCGUGUCCCAGUCCAGCAGCGCUCUCAUCUACUGUCCAGUCAGCAGGACCCUCCCCCUCCGGUACCUGGAGGCCACCUUUGCUCUCUCCAACAGCAAGCAGGGCUCUGCCUACUCGCCCUCCAGCCAGAGGGGAGCGUACAUCAAAAGGAGGAGCGUCACCAUGACCGACGGACUGACGGCCGAAAAGAUGAUCUCUCACAGCCCGUCGACGAUCCACCACCAUAAAGACGCCAUGCGGAACUGUGCCAUGAGCAUGGAUCAAAUCCAGGAGUACCGCUGCCCCCUGUCGCCCGUGGGGGAAACCCCGCUGUCUCCCGCGUACAGCGCCAUCACCAGGCAGAGAGCCCACUCCAGCGGGCGGGCCCUGGCCGUCGUCCCUCCCUCCCCUGCGACGCGUCGUUCCAGCGACCCUCAACUCAGCCCCACAGCCAAUAGCAGCCCUCCAGAAUACCCCCCCCACAGCUCCCACUCUGCACACUCCUCACCUGCCCAUCAUUCCAGCUAUCAGUCGCAUUCCUCGGAGACGGCAGGGAGCUACUGUGACCUCAGACCCUGUCCCUCCGGGCCCCCCAAACCUCCAACCAAGAGCUACGUGGAGCGGCUGCGAGUGGAGGAGGGGAAGAGGGAGGAGGCAAGAAAAGAGGCCGAAGGGACGUUCAUCCCCCAGGUGGAGACGGCGUCCUCGUUCCGGCCGUCCAGGUACGAGUCCUACCUCCUCCCUGCUGAGAAUAAGCCUCUGGAGAUGACCGUGUUGAAGCGAGUCAAAGAGCUCCUGGCCGAGGUGGAUGCAAGGACCGCCGCUAAACACAUCACUCUGCUGGACUGCAAGGUUGCUAGAAUAUUAGGUGUGACCCCAGAAAUGCAAAGGAUGAUGGGAGUUUCCUCAGGACUAGAGUUGCUCACACUACCACACGGACACCAGCUAAGACUCGACCUACUGGAGAGGUUUUACACCAUGUCCAUCAUGAUGGCCGUGGACCUCCUGGGCUGCACGGGAAGCACGGAGGAGAGGGCCGCUCUGCUGCAUAAGACCAUCCAACUGGCGGCCGAGUUGAAAAGCAACCUUGGGAACAUGUUCGGUUUCGCGGCAGUGAUGAGAGCCCUGGAGCUGCCACAGAUUUCCCGCCUGGAGCAGACGUGGGUCACUUUGCGGCAGAGACACACGGAGGGCGCCAUCCUGUACGAGAAGAAACUCAAGCCGUUCAUGAAGAACAUGAACGACGGCAAAGAGUGCAGCGUCCUGUCCAACACCUCCUUCCCCCACAUCCUCCCCGUCCUGUCUUUGCUGGAGCGCGGCGUGGCCCUCGGGGAGGCGCUGGAGCCCUGGGAGAGCGCGGAGGUGGGCGUGGAUGUGGUCAUGUACCACCUGGAGGCAGCCCGGACCAUCGCACAUCACGGGGAGAUCUACAGAACCAACGCAGAAACAAAAUGCCAGGGAUUCCAGGAGCGAGCGGAGAUACACGAGGUCUUCCAGACGGAGUUUCAGAUGCGCCUGCUGUGGGGCAGCCGCGGCUCUGAGGGCAGCCAAACCGAGCGCUACGAGAAGUUCGACAAGGUCCUCACGGCUCUGUCUCACAAACUGGAGCCUCCAGUGCGCCACAGCGAGCUAUAGCAUCCGCCCUGACGCCCGCGUCCCCAGACCGCUCCCGUCUGCUUCAGCAGUAGUUUGGGUCUGGUCGCAAAUCGUGGUGACGUUGGAGAACUCGGCUAGGAUACUUGGAGAGGGGGGGGGUUGAAUAAGGAGGCAGCUAAAAGAGCACGAGGAAUACAGAAGUCUCAAUUAAACAUGGGUUUCCCUAAAAAAAAAGAAGCUUUCUGUUCCACUGGUGGAUUUACUCAGCUCUAAAAUAUUAAACGCAGGGAAGAGGAGAGCAAAAUAGUUAAAAAAUAAGAAAAAAAGACAGGGGAACAGGAUUUCCUGCUCUUCCAUUACGAAAAUGAACAUCUGUACGCCGUGCCUAAGAGAGGCACAUUCUUUCGCUUUGCUCCAGUAUAACACAGACACUCAACUGCUGUCACACACUGUAGCUGAAACCACCACACUAGCUUACAUAGCUCAUAUGUAGAUGUUAGGUCUGUGUGUGUGUGUGUACGCGUGUGUGUUUUAGUGUUAUUUUUGGUCCAUCUCUUUUUCAUCUAAUUUAUUUGUUAUCCAUCAACAGAUAUGAAAGCUUUUGGGAUAUUUCUUCAUGAAUCAUCAGAGUCCAAAGGGGGGGAAAGAAUCUCAUAAACUAUGUAUCCAGCAGUCCCAUUGACUCAUUUAAAAUGUAUCAGGCAUGCAUUAAUAAAUGUAUCUGAAAUUAAACAUUUGCAGAUGUAAUGCAGCUACUUGAAUGUGAGGGCCCUGUGCGUUGUUCGGACCACUAAGCAACCUCUUUCCACUUUGGCUGUGAUACAUUUGAUAUUGUGUGUCCUGUGCACAAAAUGUAGCUUAACGCGCCAUCGUAAAAGACAAUAAAUGUGGGUUGUAUACAGUUAAGAUUUAUUUAAAGCAAUGUUUCACUGGGUAUACGAACAUUUCAGUUUCGAAAGAUUUCCAGCUUCGGUCUGCUAAACUCGCCCAAGUAACACGGCUGAUGCAUGCAUCUUUAAAAGUUCUACCGAGUAAAAUGUUGCUUUAAUGACGAUUUUGGUGCAUUUGUGUCAAACAUGAGGAAAAAAUGCAUAUGAUUCAAUGAUGAUGAUUUGUCUGUGGAAAAUCUGUAGUGACAUCUAGCGGUAGUGUAGAGUCCUUCAUCUUCUUCUUUUUUUUCUGUUCGUUUUUUGGGGCGACGGCAAGGAUGUGUACUGGACUGCUGCACUACACAGAAUGUCCCCUGACUGUAUGCUGAUUAUUUGUGUUUCACCAAUAGAGCUAAACUUACUGGAAGAGUUUUCUUUGACAUUUUGGUUGACUGCUCAGUGUUAUAUUUGUGCUCUAUCGACAAUAUGUGGGUCUGAGAGGACUGGAGCCAACUCUCAGAGCUAUGCAAUCAUUUCGGCCGGUGGCUGAAACCCAGGACGCAGGAUCCCUAUUAGGAAAUUUGCAGAAAUCAGAAAGUCAUUUCAGAUAUCAGUCAAACAGAAAUAUUUCUGGAAAUAGUCUUUGUACCCCAGAGCUGCAUAUUGAAGCUCCCUCAGUGGAUGUUGGAUUGUGUUUGAACUGCUGGUUUUCUAUUCUAGUUCCCACUGUACAGAUCAGAAUUGAGCUUAAAGUUGGAGUCCAACAGGAGCUGCACUUAAGUCAGGAAAUCACUGAAAUGAAGAUGUACAGUAUACACACACACACGGAGAAAUUACACCUCUAUUGUGUGCGUGUGUGUUGUUUUUCUUCUUUUUUUCUUUCUUUUUUUUCUUUUUUUUU